AUGCAGACGUUUGCCAAAGUCGUGCUCAUCCUGGUCAACAUUGGGUUCAUCGUUGCCGGGUCGCUCUUGAUCUGGUUAGGAUCCAAGUCCCGAGAUGGCCACUGGAGCGACAUCUUCUCCACGGGGACAGCCACUGACGUCAGCACGGUCUCCGCCGUCGUCAUGGCGCUCGGCGCGUCCGUCAUUUUGAUUGCGCUCUUUGGGCUCACCGGCGCCGCUUGUCGCAAUCGGUGCCUCCUCACGUUGUACUCGAUCUUUGUCGUGGUGGGCUUAAUCAUUUUUGUGGCCAUCGCUGUCCUUGGGUUCAUGUCAACGUCUCAAGCCAACACGUGGACCGCUAAAGCGUUCCCCGCCGAUCCCGCCGAAACCGACGUGGCCAAGGGAUUCAACCAAGUCUAUUGCUAUGCUGAAGGGGGUCGCUUCUGCGUGACGUCAUCAGUGAAGGACGCUGUCAACACGUUCUUCCCAUCGGUGGGUCAAUCGGGUAUUGAUGCGUUUGUGCUUGCCGGGGUGGACGUGACUGCCAACACGGGUCUCAUUGGGUUGUGCGACCAAGUGAAUGCCAAACUCACGUCGUCGCCAGCAUUGUCCAGCGCGUUGCCAAAGGAAUACAAAGACGCGUGCGCGACUUGCCAAGACGUGAAGACCAAGUACGGCGAGUACAGCUCGCUUUUCGAUUGGGUCGAAUCUCAAUGCCCGCUGACGCAAGAAACGGCCCAAUGGUGCGGGAAGUUCCUCCUCACGAAGAACCAAACGUCACUAUACGAUGGCGCCCCGUACAAGCAGUGCCGCGCCCCCGUCUUGGGUCUGUGGAAGGACUACGGCACCAAGGUUGGCAUUGGCGGCGUCGUCCUCGCUGUCGUGUCCAUGGUGGUGCUCCUUCUCGUCAACCUCGGGUUCAUCGUUGCUGGGUUGCUUUUGAUCGGGUUGGGGGCCAAGACUACCAACGGCCACUGGAACGACAUCUUCUCCACGGGGACUGUCACCGACGUCAGCACGGUCUCCGCUGUGCUCAUGGCGUUCGGCGCCUGUGUCAUCUUGAUUGCGCUGCUUGGGUUUGCCGGUGCUGCGUUCCGUAACAAAUGCCUCCUCACGUUGUACUCGAUCUUUGUCGUGGUGGGCCUCGUUGUUUUUGUGGUCGUGGCGAUCCUGGGGUUCAUGUCAACAUCACAGGCCAACUCGUGGGCGUCCAAAUCGUUUCCCGCGGACCCCGUCGAAAGCGAAGUGGCGAAGGGGUUCAAUCAAGUGUAUUACUACGCCCAAGGGGGGCACUUCUGCCUCACGUCUCCCGCCAAGGACGCGAUCAGCACGUUCUUUCCGUCCGUCGCCGGAGUUGCUGCGUUCGCUGCUGCGGGGGUGGACGUGAACGCCAAAUCGGGGCUCCUUGGAGUGUGCGACUCGGUCAACGCAAAACUGAGCUCUCUGCCACCUGCCGCCUCCAACGCAUUGCCCAAGGAAUUCAAGGACGCUUGCGCCACUUGCCAAAGCGUCAAGGCCAAGUUUGGCGAGUACAGUUCGGUGUUUGAUUGGGUCGGCGUGCAAUGCCCCCUGACGAAAGAAAUAGCGCAAUGGUGCGGGAACUUCCUCGUCACGAAGAACCCGCCGUCCGUGUACGACAACGCCCCAUACAAACAAUGCCGCACCCCUGUCUUGGACCUGUGGAACGAGUACGGCACCAAGGUUGGCAUUGGCGCUGUGAUCAUGACCAUCAUUUCCAUCGUGUUGAUUGCCUUUUCGUGCAAAGCUGCACGAACCAAAGGCCACCGCGGGUACUUUUGA